CCGCUUCGAGGAGACGCCACUGUGCCGGAGCUGCUCCCAGUAUCUGGCCUCAGUUUCCCCCGUGGCGUUUACCGGUGUGCGCGAGAAGUUCAUUCCUCCUCACAGACUUGGCGGGAGCUGCAGGCUCGGUUCGGCAGACGCAGAUGACCAUGGUACCUGGACCUGCCCACUAGUAGCCUGCCAUGUCUCGAGAGGCAGGAUCAUGCCGUGUGGGUGCAGGGGCCAGAGUGCGGUCUCGGAAGCCCAAGAAACCACACUACAUCCCUCGGCCCUGGGGCAAGCCAUACAACUACAAGUGCUUCCAGUGCCCCUUCACCUGCCUGGAGAAGUCCCACCUAUACAACCACAUGAAAUACAGCCUCUGCAAAGACUCCCUUUCUCUGCUGCUGGACUCCCCUGAAUGGACAUGCCGCCGGGCACCCUCUUCUCCCAGGCCCCAGGUGCCCACUCCUGACUGCCCCAGGAAUACUCCAGGCCCUGGAAUCCAGCCUCCUAUGCCCAAUCUUGUCACUGACAACCUCUCUCAGAACCACUGUGGUGGGGGUCCCACCCCUGUGGCUGAGGGGUCACCAGGGCCACUGCCCCCUUUGACUAGGGCCUCCCGGAAGGGUCCUGGCCCCACUGGGCUUCUGUUAGAGUCAUGGAAGCCAGGGCUGAGUAGUGGCCCAAGGAGCACAACCCUGGGGGUUGUGGGGGCCAUGGCCUCAGCAGGUCCUGAGGCCAGUGUCCCCUGCUACCCACCUCCCCCUCCAGGCGACUUCCCUGAGUCCCACAGCCUCCACCUGUCUCUGCUGGGUGUCAACUACCCUCUCAGCCCAGGCCUCUUCUCCUACCUGCCCUCACUGGCCGCUGCUGCUCACAUGCCCUUCCUGGCCUCAGCUAGCCCCCUACUGCCCCCAGCCACUCCUGUGCCAUCCCAGCAACCUCCUGAGCGCCAGGCCCUAGCGCCCCGCCUGUAUUACCCACUACUGCUGGAGCACAGAGUAGGGCUGCCCCCAGGAAGGGCAGCCCAGGCCAAGCCCUCUGUACCCCCUAAGGGGCCCCCUGGAACUCUGGCUCCUGAGCUGCUGAAGCUGCCCAUUCCAGGGCUGGCCCGGGCUUGGGUCCACAGCACCCCCAGAGACCCAGGGCAAGAAGGAGAUCUUGAGGGAUCUGUCCAGAGUGACCACCAAAGGAGGCCGCCUCCAGGGAGUAGGCUGGAGCCUCAGAAGGCCUCCUCACACCUGGCAAAGUUCCAUCCCCAAAGCAGCCUACCAACUGGUUCUUCGCUGAUGCUCUGGCCUGAGGACAAGGAGCUGGGUGACCCUGAUGCCCUAGGCCUGGAGGUCCCCCUUCCCCAGCAGCCACAGGGCCUAGUGAUGGGGAGCCCAGGGCCUGUGGGAAAGGACCUAACCCGGGCCUUGGGUGACUAUGCUAGGGUGGAGCAAUGCCUGGGGCAGCUGGCUCCAGCUGGAGGCUUGGUCCCCCGACCUCUCCGAGAGCAGCUGGGUAAGAUCCGCCGUGAGCUGCUGACCAUUCAUCAGGCUCUGGAACGGGCAGCACAGCCACCAGACACGCCCCUGGACCUCUCUGUGAAACGAGUCGCCUCUAAGGCACCUGAGGCCACAGCAGGGGCCUGGGGACUGCCUGAGCUGGUCCCCACACUGGCUGGGGUGCCCUCAGAGACCCCCAGCAUGCUGGGCCCUGUAGCACCACAGCCCUUCUCUGGCCAUACCACCAAGUGCGAGGCUGACUCCAGUGUCCCACCCCCUGGCCUGCCCCUCCAGGGCCCUGAGGACCCUGUCAUUCCUGGCAGUGGCUGGGGUGCCCGUAUCAGAGCUGGGGGCUCCCAGACCCCUAAGGAUGUCCCUGGCCUGCAGAGUGCCCCAAGUGCUGAGGUCUGACCAUAGUCCCCUUAGUGUGCUGACGCUGUUCCCCAAUCCUAGCCCCAUUCUCUGGGCCUGUCCAGCCUCAGCAUGCGUGUGGAUGGACCCCAAAGCCUAUGAUGAGACUUGUUUCUGGGGCCACAUGGGAAUAGUUGGGUCAUGGUUAUUUAUUGAUCACGACUGUGAACA